AUGGCUGAUUAUCAGCAAGAUCCGAUGGUCCAUCUGGAGCUAACCGGCAAUACUGGUUUGGUGCUUCGGCGACCUUUCGAUCCGACCGCACACGAUCUCGAUGCAACGUUCCGGUUGACGCGAUUUGCCGACCUGAAGGGUCGCUGCUGCAAAGUGCCGAAAGAGGUGUUGGAAAAGUUGGUUUCCUCGCUGCAGCAAGACUAUAUGCAGGAUCCGGAUCAACCGUUUAUGCCGAUCAAUUCGCCUCGAAUUGGUAUUGGGUUAGAUUGUUCGGUGACUCCGCUGCGACACGGUGGUCUGUGUAUGGUGCAGACCACGGACUUUUUCUACCCGAUCGUCGACGAUCCGUACAUGAUGGGGAAGAUUGCGUGCGCGAAUGUGCUGAGCGAUCUGUACGCGAUGGGAAUGACGGAGUGUGACAAUAUGCUGAUGUUGCUGGCCGUCAGUACGAAAAUGAUUGAAAAGGAACGUGAUGUCGUUAUACCGCUGAUAAUGCGAGGAUUUAAGGAUUCCGCUCUGGAAGCGGGCACAAGCGUAACCGGUGGUCACAGUGUGGUGAAUCCGUGGUGCACCAUCGGUGGAGUUGCCACAACGGUAUGCCAGAACAAUGAUUUCAUCGUGCCAGAUAAUGCCGUCGUGGGAGAUGUGCUGGUAUUAACGAAAGCGCUCGGAACGCAGGUGGCGGUCAAUGCACACCAGUGGUUGGAUCAAUCGGAACGGUGGAACCGCAUCAAGCUGGUCGUGUCGGAAGAGGACGUACGGAAGGCGUACCAUCGUGCGAUGGAUUCCAUGUCGCGGCUGAAUCGUGUUGCCGCUCGGCUUAUGCACAAAUACAAUGCACACGGAGCGACCGAUGUGACCGGAUUUGGCUUGCUUGGCCAUGCACAGACGUUGGCGUCUCAUCAGAAGAACGAAGUUUCCUUUGUGAUUCACAAUUUGCCCGUUAUCGCCAAGAUGGCGGCCGUUGCCAAGGCGUGCGGCAAUAUGUUCCAGCUGCUACAGGGCCACUCGGCCGAAACGUCCGGUGGGCUGUUGAUCUGUUUGCCGCGCGAACAGGCCGCCGCUUACUGUAAGGAUAUCGAGAAGCAGGAGGGCUGUCAGGCCUGGAUCAUUGGUAUCGUGGAGAAGGGUAGCCGCACGGCACGCAUCAUCGACAAACCGCGAGUGAUCGAAGUGCCGGCAAAGGAUUAGGACAUCCCAAGCGAUUCCUCUUUUGCGUUUAGUGUGUACGGAAAACUCAUUCAUUUGCUUGUUAAUUCUUUCUUUUUAUAAAAAAAAA